CUCAUCAGGACGGUCGAUCUCAAUCCCAGCUACGACAAAACUUAUCUCCUGUACAUAAACCAUUGCUGUUUGAGAAUCAUUCACCUCCUUCCCAACUUUAUGGCGCCAAGUGGUUCUUACUACCCUUGUUCUUCUCCUUCCUUCUCAUUCUGCAUCAUCUCCUCAACCUAAUCUCAGAAUCUCUUAUAUCUACCUCUUUUAACAAUCAUAGUACAAUUGAUCUGGUUUUAUUUUGUGACUACCCUGCAACUUACUUUCAAUUUUUUUGCGCAUCACUGUAGUUUGGGUAUGAGCAAUCAAUGCCAGUGUUUCUUUUGACUCUUCAAUCCUCAAUGCAUCACAGCUCUUCACCAUUUGCUUAUCUACAUCUAACCUCGAGGUAUUCCUUCACAAACCAUCAUCAUCAUCAAUUUCAUCAUCUGCCGAACAUUUACUAGCUUUACAUGUCAUCCGCCAAUAACCCUUUCACUAUUUCCUCGCCAUUGUCUCAUCCAUCUGCUUUACCCGCUCCAAUUCAUUACCUUUUUGAGCUUAACCAUUGGCUUUUAGGAACUCUUAGCCUGGCUUUCCUUCUCCUCGCUAUCUCAAAUCGGAUUCUCCCCUUGUCUCAGUCUCCAUGUACAUCCCCACCUCUCGUCCCCACCUGGCCUUGGAUUGGUAGCUUGUUUGCUUACACUCGGGAUCCUGUUGGUUUUAUCCGAAGAAAUCAUACUCGUUACGGCAAUGUGUUUACAACCACCAUCCUGGGCUAUCGUUGCUCUUUUAUCCAGUCUGCGCCCCACGUUCACCGCUUUGCUACCUCUCCUCGUACAAUACUCGACGUAACAAGUGCUUAUAAGCUCAUCGCGUCUGGCGUGAUUGGUGAGGAGGCCUUCAUCGGACCCACUCGAACUCUCACUCGGCUAGUUUUUGCUCCUGCUCGCUUGGACGCUCUCGAUUGCCGUUUCUGGGCCUUGGCGGAGGAAAUGAUCGCUGGUAGACUUGAUCCCGAAUCUAAAUGUGAUCCUGAGUGGAAUACCCUCUCACCUACCGGAUGGCUUGAUAAUGUUGUCUUUGCCCUCGACCUUGCGGCUCUCAUGGGUCCUGUAUCACCAGAGGUUCUUCCACACGUGGCAAGUCUUUUUCGGGUGCUUGAUGGCGACUUGAGUCUUUUUGGACUCCUUGCUGCAGGCCGCUCACGAGCCCAGGCCAAGGAACAACUCCUCAACCUUCUUCGUGAUCAUGUGCGUGGCCAUAUCAAAAUCGCUGCUCGUCGAAUAGGCUCAAAUGAUCAUCUUCCGGAUCCCGAGCUACCCGAGGAGCUGCUCCGCUCCGAACUCGUACUCGAGUGUGGGAAACAAUGCGACGAAGUUUUGCGUGCUUACUACAGUGGAAGUGCCACACCCGCAAUGAUGGAUAUCAUUGAGCGAAAAGUCAACUACAUCGCAAUAUUCAUCUAUGGCUAUGUCUGGGCCGGACAAACCAACUCUGCAGCAGCCACAAUAGGUGCGCUUCAUGACAUACUUGAAUAUUCCCAGCGCACUGGACAAGACUUAGUGGGAGAGAUCCGGGAUGAGGUCGAAAAAUACGGUGGGUUAGGCGCGGUGUGCUAUAACAAUGUGAGCUGUUUGACGCGUUGUGUCAACGAGACGCUUCGACUAAGAGCAACGGGAGCGUGGGUACGACUGGCGGAAAACCCAUUUGAGCUCAAUAACGGCGUGACCUGUCCACCUGGAUUUGUGGUGGCUUCACCUACUCCCAUUUCCUCUGAUCCACUCAUCUAUGCUGAACCGGAAGUGUGGGAUCCAACUCGGUAUCUACGUCCGCCUUUUGCUUCUGGUGAAAUUCAACUCGACUCUCGUACUUGGCUUCCUUCACCAUCCAAAUUCCCAGCCUGGGGUAUAGGUCAUGCACAUUGCCCAGGACAACACCUUGCUUAUAAAAUGAUAUCAAUUACUCUCCUAACUUUCUUUCAACAUUAUGAUGCUCGACUGACAAAUGUACCAGCACCAAUUUUUCAAGAUGUGGCUGCCGCUGGCUUACAACGUCUUAAGACGGAAUACAAAAUUCAAAUUAAAAAAAGAUAAUCUGAGCUUUCAAAACAUGCAUAUUUCCUUUUUCUUCCAGUUUCAAUUUUAUGAUACAUUUGUACUUUCAACUUUUUGGAUCUUCUUUGGCUAUUCUUUUUUUUCAGUGUUUGCACUUUGAUUUGUGUUUGUUUUUCUUUGUCAAUACAAACCUGAUAGAUAUAUAGUCCUAGAGGCUUAAAAAUGUGCCUAAUAGUUUUCAUUUAUCUUUCAUCUCUCUUUGGAUCAGUGUUCAUAUUUUCAAGAAUGGUCGUUUCAAGAAUGGAAGUCAUGUAAUUCUUCCGAGACACGCUAGUACACCUGCUCUCCUGAAUGAAUAAUAUCAUCUACUGUUCUUCUGCCUCGAU